CUACACCACCGGAGCUCAUCGUGGACUAGGGUGAUUGUCGUCGGUAACCGGAUACGACCUCAGGCUGUGAGGCGCAGAGGCACUGGGCGACGCAGUAUCGAGGCGGCGGGCCCGCAGUUCCGUGCGGAGAUGCUGAAUAUGUGGAAAGUCAGAGAGCUGGUGGACAAAGCCACUAAUGUGGUGAUGAACUACUCUGAAAUCGAGUCCAAGGUAAGAGAGGCCACCAAUGAUGACCCCUGGGGACCCUCUGGACAGCUGAUGGGAGAAAUAGCAAAAUCUACCUUUAUGUAUGAGCAGUUCCCAGAAGUGAUGAACAUGCUGUGGACCAGGAUGCUAAAGGACAACAAGAAAAAUUGGAGACGAGUAUACAAGGCUUUACUCCUGCUGGCUUAUUUAAUCAGAAAUGGGUCUGAAAGAGUUGUCACCAGUGCCAGAGAACACAUCUAUGAUCUGCGAUCUCUAGAAAAUUACCACUUUAUUGAUGAAAAUGGCAAGGAUCAAGGGAUCAAUGUCCGGCAGAAGGUGAAAGAAAUGGUGGAGUUCAUCCAGGACGAUGACAGACUCAGAGAAGAGAGGAAAAAAGCCAAGAAGAACAAAGACAAAUAUAUCGGAGUCUCCUCUGACAGCAUGGGAGGAGGAGGAAACAGUUUCAAGAACUCCAAUGAGUUGGAUCGGAAUAAGUGGGAUGAGGACUGGGAUAAAAGCAGAGGAGCUUUCCCCUUCAGUGAGAAGCUGGGAGAGAUUAGUGACAAGAUUGGUAGCACCAUCGACGACACACUCAACAAGUUCAGGAAGAAGGAAAGAGACGACUCUCCAGACAGAAUCAGUGAUAACGAGGAGGACCGAGCAUCAAGAAACGGGAGGCAGGACGCUCUUGAGUUUAAAGACGAGGAGGAAACUGUCACAACAAAGAGUAUCCAGAUCACACAGGCUACAGAAACCACAACCACCACCACACGGAAACGCAGCGGAGCAACGAGCAGCAAGACUCUGGACCUGGGUGCCGCUGCCCACUACACUGGAGACAAAAGCCCAGAGGAGAAGUCAUCAGUCAGGCAGUCUUCUAGUAGUGGUCUUGCUGACCUGCUGGUGAUCGACCCGUCAUCCAGUCAGAGCACAACAACAGGUGCCAGUUCAGACCUCAUUGGUGGCUUUGCUGAUUUUUCCUCUGCUGCUGCCUCUGCUAGCCUCCCAACCUCCACAGCUGCUGCUUCAUCCAAUGGGAAUGGAGAAUUUGGAGACUGGAGUGCCUUCUCAGCCAAUCCACCGGCUUCAUCUAGCUCUGGGCCCUCGCAGCCUGUCACUGACCUGUUUGGUAACGUCCAGUCACCUCCAGCCCCCCCAUCCAAUACUGUACCACCCUCUGCUGAGCUCUUUGACCUCAUGAGUGGGGUUAACCAUCAAGUACCCAAUCCACAUACCACACUGAGUGCCUCCCAGAGCAUGACAUUCUCCCUGGGAGGAGCAACGCCAGGAGCAUCUGUCGCCAUGCCUUUGUCUCGCUCUCAGCAGAGUUUAGGAGGCAUGAUUCCUCAGCAGCCCAUAGGACAGCAACAAAAGGUUGGGGUAGGAGGUCAAGGAACGCUGGGUUCAACUUGGUCCGAUCCCUCUGUCAACAUCAGCCUGGACUUCCUAUCAGCUGGCCUCAAUCCCAAUAAGACGCCACCUUCACUCAAUAACAUCAUUCAGCAACAAGGAGUGCCUCCUGUCAACUUGUUGGCACAGAACUUUGGAGGACUAAACCUCAGCUCCCCGCCACAUGUGACGCCCAUCAGACCACCAGCCAAUCCGAUGAUGGCUGGCAACACCAUGACAAUGGGCAUGCCCACAUCAAUGGCAGCUGGCAUGCCUGGUACUUUGGCAACAGGAAUGCCACCUUCAAUGACAACUGGUACCGUGGGGAUGGGUGGAAUUCCUGUAAACCAAGGCAUGAUGGGAAUGAACAUGAGCAUGAAUAUGGGCAUGGCUGCUCCAGUGAUGAUGGGUGGCAUGGGAGUGCCAGGGAUGGGCUUGACACACUCCAUCACUCCAGCCAUGGUUCCACCCAAACAAGAUGCCUUUGCUAACUUUGGCAAUUUUGGGAAAUGAAGGAGUGAAGAUAAUUUUGUGCGUGAGUUACUUGAGUGAGUGAGUGGGCAUGUCUGAGGUGAUGAGUGUGAACCACAGAAGGGUUACUGUACUUGAGGACAACCUUGCAUGUUUCUCUAUCUGCUUCUGCUCCUUUUUGUGAGCUGGCACAAGUGAGUGGUUGAUGCCAUCUCAUUCUUUUGGCGUGAUCCUGGGUGGAGUGGAGAGAGUUGUCACAAAGUGCAGCCUGUUUCAGAGAAGGUGCCGACCCACAAUCUCUAGUGGUUUGUUUCUUUUUUUUUUCGUUGAGGAUUAUGUUCUCAGUUUUUCUCUGAUUUUAUCUUAAAAAAAUAAAUUCAGUGUAUCACAGGUGCAAGACGUUCUACUUUUUAACUAAAUCAGUAAGAUGGGCUUAAAUCAAAAUGGCAAUACUGCCUUAAUUUUACAUUGUAACCUGAGAUAUUAUCUUUUAUAUAUUAUUCUACCAAAUUACUUUGAAAAUUAAGCCAUUUCUCUCAGAGGUAGAAUCCUUACCAGAGGAGGAAUACUUUCCUUCACUGCUUGUGCAAAUAUUUAAAGCAGUUCCAGUACAAGGAGUGGACUACACAAGAACCAUACUCCUGUUUUCCAACAGGGGGCAGGAUGGGCUGUGCAGUGACAGAGCUUCACAUCCUGAGCAUGAUUAGGGUGAAUGGAAUGCAUAUUAUGUUCUAUUUUUGCUGUUUCAGACCCCUUUAUCUUCAGGUAUGUAGCAGUUCACAACAGACAGAUUAACAGGAACAAUACCUACAGUUUUGUGGAAUAAAAAAGACAAAGUGAACUGCUCAGGUAACAGUCCUUUUAGUACUGUUUGGCCCUGUGUAUUACUAUAAUUUUUUACUGUUUGAAGUGAUGCUUGUCCUCCACUUGGAAGUUUGGAUGCCUUCAUCAGAUUAAUAGUAUUCAAUUCAGAGUACAGCACAGCAAUGUUCUUUGAAUCAUGCAAGUAUUUUUGCCAGCAAAGAUGUUUCACCCUGCAGCACUUGCUUGUGUUUUGGUGUGAGAGUGGUGUAUCUGCACUUCUCAAACCAUGGACAAACAAUAAAAAUCAUCACCAUCAUACAUAUUUAAUUACUUUUGAAAUUGGAGGAAAACUGCUCUGUCCCCUGGCUGAGUUACGAGUACAUUACUAUGGUUAGUGGAGACCAGUCCAACGGAGUUUGACUGAAGUUAAGUGAGAAAUAAGAGUGAAUGAGUGUGUGUGACUUUGUGUAUGGGUAUAGUUUUUCUCUGUUUGAUGUGGAAACACAGCUAAAGCAGAGCCUUUUGUCAUUUUCUAAGGCACUGCACUCCAAAUGACCAAAUCUUUAUUUUGUUACUCUCAGAAGGAUGACUCCAUAGCUAUUAGUUUAAUAUUUUAUUAGUUACCUUGUAUUAUGUUCAUAUGGGAGAGCUAUUAAUAACAUAAUUUAGUUGAGGGUAAUCAUGGUCUUUUCGAUACAGCUUGUUUCAUUUGAUUGUACUCUAUAUUUUCUGUACGUCAUUCAACAUUAAAUUAAAUUACAAGUUUAA